GCAGAGCCUUCUUUUUUCCUUUGUGUGAGAGAGGUAAAACCAGAGAGUUGAGAGCUGAGUGUUCUCCUCCUUCCUUGAUGCCCUUUGUGUGGAACCUUGGGAGUGUAAACAUGUUGAGUGGUGGAGUGAGUCUAGCCUAAAGUGGUGUGUGUGAGUCUAGCUAAAGGGUUGGAGACCUGAGCCGGAAAGGAAUCGACUCCCAACAGUGGUAUCAGAGCUUGUGUUGUCUUCUCCGUCGAUUUCGCCGGAUUCUGCCGUCCGCCUCCGUCCGCCGCCGUCCGCCGCCGUCUGCCGCCGUCUGCUGCCGCCCGUCAAUUUAAGGUCUGGAAAGCCAUCGUUCGUCGAUUGAGGCUCCAAACGAGGUCCACCGUCGAGUUCACUACUUGUUUGCCGCUGGAGCUACACCGCCACCUGCCGUCGUCUAAGCUUGUGGAAGUCGCCGGUCAUCCCUGUUUUUUCUCGUUUACGGAGGUUUGAAGGAAAGGCUGAAGCUGGACGACUCCCCUGAACGCAAAGGCAGAGGUCUGGCCGCAGAGCUUGAUGCAGAUUGCCGGCGGUUGGAGGCUGCGUUUUGUCGCUGAGCAUUUCUGACCGUGAGCUGCAGGUGAAGGACUGGACCCGCGACGCAGAGAUUUGACAGCUGGGGGUUGAACAUUGAGCUGGUUGUUGCCUUGCUGGGCUAUAUCCUUCUUGGGCUGGGCUGCUGCUCUAUUGGACUGGACGCUGAAGCUUGUUGCUGGAUUGAACCAGAGCUUGACUUGGGAGCACAAAAGGUGACUACACGUGAAGGUGCUGGCGCAGAAACAGGGAGCUCUUGGUGGACUUGAAACUCAGUCAACCGCAGUCAAAUCCAGUCAACAGUCCGAAAAAAAACCCAAUUUUUUUAAAAUUGGGUGGGUAAGGUCGAAACGCCUCUCCUAGGGUUUCGCUCCGGUAUAUUGACUUUUAUCGCUUUUGUAGUGAUUUUUUAGUCUUUAAUUGUGUAGAAAUCUGUUUUAGGUUUAUUACUGCUUAUAAAUUUGAUUAAAUUGUUGUGUUGUUUUGUGCUGAAAAUUUAUUAUUUAUUUGUGCUUAUACGGAAGAACAAGGGGUUUGAAGUUGAGUUUGGUGCUCAUUAAUACUCCCCACGUGUUCGUGCUAGUUGCUCCGUAUAGUUGUAGCCUUAUAAAUAUUUAAAUUGUUUUUCAGCAAAAUUUACAUUUUCUUUUGUUGCUUAUUUUUCUCUGUGAAAAUGUCUGCUUAUAAUCAGUAUGGUAUGGCUCCAUUUAAUGGAAAAUCUGAUUUUAGCAUUUGGAAGCAAAAAAUUAAAUGUAUUUUAAUACAACAAAAAUGUUUUAAAGCAGUUGGCGAAACCUAUUUAAUUUCUGACACAGAAGAGAAAAGGGCUGAAAUGAAUGAAAAUGCAUGUUCUGUGAUUUAUUUGAACUUAUCUGACUCUGUGAUUAGAAAAGUUGGAAUUUUAGAGAGUGCUAAAAUUCUGUGGAAUAAAUUGAAUGAACUGUAUACUGAGACCUCUUUGCCUAACCGGAUAUUUUUACUUGA